AUGCUUCACUUCUUUCCUAAGAUCGCCAUCCUCCUCUUCCCCCUGUUCAUCAAGGAGACAAUCCAGCUCCAGGGAGACUGUACUGUAUAUUUUGCAGUCGAGGGAAACAGUAAAGCAGAGUGCUGGGGGGAAUCAGAUCAUUUUGAAUGCAAUUAUGCAAGCUGUCACAACGGUAACUUUCAAUGGACUCCGAUGACUGGUUGCCAGUUACAAGAUUCACCCGACCAAAGCUUUAGUGAUCAACAGUGUGUGGAAUAUCAUUUCGACACAAUCUCGGCUCGUUAUUUUUGUAAAGUUCAUCGUCAUAAGACUUAUGUAUGCCCUUUGAAGAAUAAUAUAUCCAAGAUGCAAUGUGGCAAUUGUGUGAAAACUAGAUAA